UCUGGGAAAAUGGAGAAGUACAAGAAGGUGAUGUGUUUGGGCAGAGGAGCAUCAGGAGAAGUUUUCCUGAUGAGAAACGCUGAGUCAGAGAGGUUGCAUGCAGUGAAGAGGAUCAAACUGGAGAGCACACGGACAAACAGGGCAGUUCUUCAAGAGGCAGAGAUCAUUAGGAAGUUAAAGCAGCCUCACAUAGUGAACUGCAGUGAGGUUUUCGUGAGCCCUGAUGACGGCUUUAUUUACAUUGUGAUGGACUACUGCGAUGGCGGGACAUUAGAUGACAGAGUCAAAGAAAGGAAACCAAGUGAAUUCUUCAUGGAGAGCACGGUCAUGGGAUGGUUUGUGCAGGUCACCCUGGCUGUGAGUUACAUACACAAAGCUAAAAUACUUCACAGGGAUAUCAAAACUUCAAAUGUGUUGCUAACUAAACAAGGAAUGGUGAAGGUAGGCGACUUUGGGGUAUCCAGAGUGAUGUCAAGCACAGCCGACAUGGCCUCCACAUGUAUCGGAACUCCCUGCUACCUAAGCCCGGAACUCUGCCAGGAUGUGCCUUACAGCUCCGAGUGUGACAUCUGGGCUCUGGGCUGCCUGCUCUAUGAGCUCUGUGCUCUCACGCCUCCAUUUACAGCCUCCAACCUCAUCAGUCUCUUUUACAAGAUCACCAAAGGAAAGUACGAUCCGGUGCCUGAACUUUACUCCCAAAACAUCUCCUCUUUAAUCCAAAAAAUGUUAUGCACUGAACCGGAAAACAGACCAAGCGCUGCCAGUAUUGUUGACAGUGCCUUUGUGCAAGAUCACUUACGCCAUAUUCAAUGUCAUGACACACUGUAUGAGGAGUGCCUUGUAGAGGAGGAUGGUUCCUGUGCUGGUGGACAGUGUCAUUGUGGCUGCCUUUACCCUGAUGACUUUGACGAGGACGAGGAGGGAAGUUUGUCUUCUUUAGAGGAACAAAGUCAACAUUCAGCUGAGCUCGCUGUGUUUUCACAGUGUUGUCAGGAUGUUGCGGACCAAGUCGAGUAUUCGGAUGACUUUGAGGAAGAUGAGGAAAAGGACGAGUGUGUGGAUGUGGCAUAUGGAAAUCACACUUCCUCUCUUGCACACGAUGAUUCCCUGGAUGAGUUUCAGUUCUGUGAUGCUGGAGGAAUGGUCGUCACACUGAAGUCCUUGAAGGAAAAUGGCUAAAAAUGUACAUUUAAAUAGAAUGUUAUGUCUGGGAGAAAAAUAUCAAUAUUCUACAUCAUUAAAAGGACA